GAAGAAGCCGUUCGCGUAGUCGAGUUCUUCAAAAGAGUUUAUCAAAUUCCAACACAAUAUAGUUGUUACUCAAAUUAUUUAAAGGAUUUACUUUUGACAACAGCUGGUCACAAUGGCAUCAGACUGGAUUGGCAAUCUUGUUUCAAUCCAAUGUGGACCAACACUAGGAGUUUAUCAAGGAGAAGUUUCUUCAGUAGACCCGACCAGCCAAACUAUCUCUCUCAGACAUCCCUUCCACAAUGGAGUCAAGUGCACUGUGCCUGAGGUUACCUUCAGUGCCAUGGACAUCAAAGAUCUCAAAAUCCUUGAGAUCCGUAAGAAUUCCACUGAAGUUCCAAAGCAGAAUGGUUCAGACUUCAACCCCACAUUGACACAGCAUGGUGCAUGCAAGGAUACGGGUGGCGUUGUCCAAAUGAACAGUGUUCCUGUGACAGUACCUAAUAAAGCUGAGCCCAAAUUACAGGAAGGAGGUGUGUCUCCACUCCCACACUACUCGAAGAGUUAUGGUGAACGUCACAUGGACAUGGCUGUCCAAAGUAAAGGCUUUAGAAGAAGACACAACUCCUGGUCGUCUAGUUGCAGAGGUCCAAAUCAGGUCACGCCUAAAAAGAACGGAGUGAAGAAUGGGGGUCAUAUGAAGAAUAAAGAUGAUGAAUGUUUUGGAGACGGGAUGGAAGAUGUUCUUGAUGAGGACUUCGACUUUGAGGGAAACCUCGCACUGUUUGACAAAGCAGCAGUGUUUUCGCAGAUUGAAUCAUCAGAACGGCGAGGCAAUGGUGCAAGAUCUCGAGGGACACCUGGAGAGCAAACACCAUCACGAUACCGCCAUGACGAGAACAUUAUAGAAGCCAAACCUGUCAUCUACAGACAGAUCACAGUUCCACAUCCUGAAACAAAAGAGUAUAGCACUGACUCAGGGCUGGUGGUACCGAGUAUCUCUUUUGCUUUGCACAAGCGUUUGUUGGCUGCAGCUGAAAGUCAUGGUCUGUCUCUAGAGCGCAGGCUUGAGAUGACGGGUGUAUGUGCAAGUCAGAUGGCCCUCACUCUACUUGGAGGCCCAAACAGAUUAACCCCAAAGAAUGUGCAUCAACGGCCCACGGUGGCCCUGUUGUGUGGGCCUCAUGUCCAGGGAGCCCAGGGCAUCAGCUGUGGCCGCCACUUGGCCAAUCAUGAAGUGGAGGUCAUCCUUUUUCUGCCAAACUUUGUCAAGAUGUUGGAGGCCAUCACCAGUGAGCUUGCACUCUUUGGCAAGACAGGGGGAAAAUUGGUUUCUAAUGUGAAAGACUUACCCGAGACACCCGUUGACCUGGUUAUAAACUGCCUUGAUUCGCAUGAAAAUGGAUUCUUGAGGGACCAGCCCUGGUAUAAGGCCGCUGCUGACUGGGCAAACCAGAACCGAGCCCCUUUAUUAAGCAUCGACCCUCCAGUAAGUGGACAGGAGCACGCAGUAGAAGCUAAAUGGUCUCUUUCUCUAGGCCUCCCCCUGCCUUUGUCCGAGGGGGCAGGCCGAGUCUACCUAUGUGACAUCGGCAUCCCUAGACAGGUGUUUCAAGAAGUGGGGAUCAAAUACCACUCCCCCUUCGGGUGUAAGUUUGUCAUCCCUUUGCACUCUGCAUAAGCCAUACCUUCUUCGGUUUGGGUCAAGGCUCACUGAACCAGUAACUGCCUUAAAGAUUUUAAAAGAACAGAAGUCAGUUUGAAUGUUGUGACAAGCCUUUCUUUGCUGCACAAUUGGAACUUUGCUUAUUUUUCUCUUGAAAUUCUUCAGUGGGGACAGGAUAAGCCCCAUCAAAGGAAAGUGAUGGGAAAGGAUACCAGCUCUUGUGACAACUCUGAUAUUAAAAGCAGAACAAACAUUAGAAUAUUCUCAGUGUCUCUGUUUCAUUCUGAAGUCUAAUAGUCUUACAAUAAUCCUUCAGAUGGCCGUUUCAACAUAUAGACUGAUCCUUUUGUAAGGAACUAUUUUCAAUUUUUAUAGUCAAAAUUGUGAAGUUAAUUCCACAAAACCAUCAAAACAGCUAGGCUCACACUUACGGUGCGUGUCAAAUUCCAUUCUUAUUUUGUUUACUUAAAGCAUCUCAAGUAGAAGUUUUAACUUCAAAGUCAGGUUUGCAGAUUUUUUCUCCUGCGAAAGAUGUCAGAAUCUGCUGUAAAUGGGGGUUUUGCUUUAUUCUUUUUGUACCAGUGUGAUCAAAGUCAGUGUUAGUUGGCACUGAGAUUGAGACAGUAUAUUGCUUGCUAAAUUUCUUCUUACAGAUGUUGAAAAAAGCAUUAUUUGCUGUGACUAUUGACCAAGUCCAGUGUGUUGUAAAUAUAUCAGAGAUUGAUUAAGUUCUUGUCAGUGAAAAUGUUGCACACUUGAAUGUCAUGGAAGGUAAGUGUACUAUAAAACCAGUCCAUGAUAUGGGUUGGCAUUGGACCAAUACUGACCAGUUUUAAGCAGUUAUUGUCCAAUACCGACUGCCAUUAUAUUUGUGCAUUCUUACUCCUCAACAGAUUUUCUAGAGGCAAUAGCUUGAAGCAUUGUUUUUCCUCAUUUUCAUUUAUUUGCCCUUGAGUGCUGAUUCGCUCUCAAACAGUUUAUUGAAAUCCUGUUUUAAAUGGGUUUCAAUUCAUAGAGUCAUCAUCUCUUGUUUGGUUAUAGCAAACAAUGAUCUUUUAUUAGGGGAGUUACUCCACAUAUUACAAUAAAAGUUUCUAAAAUUAAUUCAUGAUUUUAUUAUAGGUUACACAUCCCAUCACAAAACCUCUGUCGCAUCUAGAGCAAGUGAAAGGUCAGUACGGGUAACAAAUUAUGAUUACCAGUAGUAGUUUUUCAAAACAAGCACUGUUAAAGACAAAAAAGUUAUAUUUAAACCAUCAGAUUACUAAAUGCCUUAUAAGUUAAAAUGAGAGGCACUUACAAUUCUAAAAUACUCUUAGUUGGUGUACAAACAAGAUGCAUUUGUGACAAUAACUUAAUUUGGUUUCAAAUAUGUCCAUGUCCUGAAAUAUGAAUGACUUUCAUCUCUGUACAGUCAGUUGACUGCUGUCUACUCCUAACAGCUGGAAUAAUGUACUACUUUCAUCAGACUAAUUAGCUUUUUAUCUUUAAGCUUUUUUUCUGUUAUGUCUUCUGAAUUUGAAUAGCAAAUAUUUUGUAUUCAUUCUCCCAUACAUCAUUUAGAGAACACCUUUCUCCUAAUAGUUUUUACUGUUAUGCCAUUUCAUCUUUAUAAUUUCAGAUUUCUAUAAAUUUACAACAAAGCUUAGACUCUUUUUUUAUGCUUCGUUCAAAGGCCUUGCCUGCAUUUUAGGCAGUGUGUAAGAGUACAGGUCAUUGCUAUCUGUUUUUAGUUACAUUUUUUUAUUUUUCUUUGUUAAGCUGUGUACAAUCUAUGUGGAAUCUCUUAAGAUGACUGCCCCAGAUGUCUUUUUGUACUUGUUAAAACAAAAGGGUUUAGAAAAAGAAAACGGAAAAUAACAGACCUGGCACAUCGGCUAUUCUCAGUUGUGGGGAAAUUUGAAAUGUGACAUUUGUAUUUUCUUUUGUCUUUAUCUCUUUAUUUUACAUUUGUAUGUGGACUGUAAGGUCUAAACGGUGUAAUUUUUACAGUCUCUGAUGGCUGCUCGAGAGCCACGUGGCUCCUCAAAAGUUGCUUUUGACCUCCAAACAAAGAUUGAAUGAAUCAUUAUGACAGUUAUUGAAAGCAUUAAUAAGUAAAUGAUGCUAAUAUAAGAUUGCACUGCCCAUGUAUUGAGAACCCGGAAUAAAAAAAGUUAUUGGUCUAUCAUUGCUGUGGAUGAAUACAUAUAUGAGAACUUGUAUGUUUAAUUAAUGAAUAAUACAGCAGUUAAUGAGCAAAUGUAGCCCUUAAAGAGCUUAAGAAGUUGUGCCAAAAUCACUUGUUGGUCUUAAAGUUGUAGCUAUCACAUGAUAGACUUGUUACUUGUUCUUCUUUGGUAGUUUAAAAAUAUUACUACUGUACAUGUUUUUUUUUAAACAGAAUAUAUGUUUGCAUUCAGCUCCAAAAGAAAAGUUAGUUUCACUUUAACAACAACUGCAGAAUGCACUGAGUAAUUCACUUGAAUAUUGUUUGAAACACAGCAUUUACUUAGUUUUAUCUGUUAAAAUGCAGGGUUAUUUAAACAAUUCAUCCAUUUAAGAGUUAACUGAGAGUGAAUUUUGCAUCUAAAGCUUAUUUGUGUUAUUCCCCACAUUUGUUAUGGUGACGUCAUUGAAAACAUCUCUGAAAGUUCCUAGAGGUUUGUUUGGUUCAGUAUCAAAGGAUUCAAGCUACUUUUUGCCAUUCUUGUUUUUUCUUCACAAAAGGAUAAGAUAAAGGUUGUUAACAUUGCAUACUUUUACCAGUUAUCUCUGCACCUGUUGUAAAAGGCAAGACACAAUUUAGUAAAUGAAUACUAUUUGACUUGUUUUAGACAACGUUAUUCCCAUAAAUUGUGAAUUAGUGACAUAUCUGUUUAGUAUAGUUCUGAUAUCACUGUCAACCUUACAUGCUUAACACUGUCAACCGUGAAGUUUAAAGAAUUAAUAAAGAGA